ACGCGGCCGAGCAUGACCAUUAUCGUGAAAUAUUCCACCAGCUCUCAUUUAAAAAGCUCUUCCACCUCAGUGUCCUCUCUCAGCUUCCACUAGAUAAACGUCAAGAUGGCCCUCAUCUCAGCAGCAACGAUCAUCACCUCCCUCUCACUUUUCCACAUCACGCUCGCCUUCUUCUUCCUCACGAACCCGCAGACGAUCGCAGACCAGACCCUCGUCUUUAUACUCGGGGAAGCUAUGGGCCUUCCUUUCACUAGAUCCUUCGAUACCCAGUCUCCGGCGCUAUCCUUCCUUGCAGCCGUGCUCUUCGCGGUAGGCAUCACGGACCUGGUCUCCUGCUCGCUGCCGGAGGAAAUCUCGCAGUAUCAUUGGGGUUCACAAGCUCCAGUACGACUCGUCCUCUUCGGCACCCUAGGCUUCUACUCCUACACCUUCAGUGACAGCUCGCCCAUCUACGCUGCGAAGACAUAUAGUGCCAGCGCCUGGGGCGAGGGACUAAAGAACAGGGUGGUCUUCACGUGGGCAUUUGUGGAGAUGAUUACGUGGUUUUGGGUGUUUGUUACGCUGAGGGAGGAAAGGAGGGAUAUGGCUAUGCGGAUAGCGGAACGGAGGGCAGCCGAAGAUGAUAGAUUAUGAUUGUGACACAAGAGAAUUGGCCAAC